AUGAAUUAUCUCAAAUUAACGUUCGACCAGCUAGAGGUUGGCCAGCUCAGUGAUUUGGUGGCGCACGAAAGCUGCGGAGCCGUGUCGCUAUUCGUGGGCACAACGAGAGAUAACUUUGAGGGCAAAACCGUGGUGCUGCUACAGUACGAGGCCUACGAGGCGAUGGCUCUUAAAACGAUGAAUCACUUGUGCGAGGAGGUGCGCCUCCGGUGGCCGGAUGUGCAAAACAUUGGCAUCCACCAUCGCUUGGGAACGGUUCCAGUGAAGGAAGCUUCGGUGGUCAUUGCGAUCAGUUCGCCACAUCGAAAAUCCAGCCUUGAUGCAGUACAUUAUGCCAUCGACGAGCUGAAGAAAUCGGUGCCCGUGUGGAAAAAGGAACAGUACCGCGACGGAGAGGGCAGCUCCGAGUGGAAGGAAAACAGCGAGUGCACAUGGUCUAAAAAGUACAAGGACAACCAUAUACUGUGACGAAAACAACGUUCCACACGCAACACUUGCUGAUGAUCGCGCCGAUCAUGUGCAAUCAGCCCAUCGCCGGAAAGGGAUAAAACAUUGUUAUUUUACAUCUCUCUUCCGUAGCAUAGCUGCGAUGAGAGCAAUCGUUAGCUUCAAUAUGCACAGUAGUUUUAGAUCACAGUAGAGUGUAUUAGGCAAACAGAACAAAAACAGCCGAUUCAUUGUGCCGACAUCAACUUCAAUCAGUGUCACUAGAUAAAAACGGGUUGUCUGUAGGUGAUAGGGUUCUAUGGAGCAAAACAGGUUUUUCGAACGCAUCACGCUUUGUGGUGAAGAAGCAUCGGUAGCAAUAAAACCUUUUAAAGACGGUACCAGUGCAAUGAGUUGUAAAACUGGAAUGUGAUGACAAUUUUAAUAAA